CUUGACCAGAAAUUCAACCCAUCUGUAGCUAAUUGAUAGAAACUUCAGUUUGACCCAAGAUGAUUAGUAUAACAAAUGCACCUGAUUGAAUUUAGGGCGUGGCUUGUGCUUUAGGAGAAUUACUUUGACUGCUAAAUGGGAAUAGAUUGAAGUGGAGAAAGACUUGUGGCAGCUGGACCAACUAGACAAUAUCAGAGGAAAGAAGGGGAUACGUGCAAGAGAAAUUACAAAGCCUGAACAACCAUGGAUUGCUGUAGAACAAUGCGUCAGUCCUGGAUUUUCCCCACCACCAUCCUCUGUAUCUAUGGAUUUUUCUCCAUGAUGAGACCAUCAGAACCAUUUCUUGCACCUUACUUAACUGGACCAGAUAAAAAUCUAACCCUCAGUGAGGUCUCCAAUCAUAUGUUUCCAGUUUGGACUUACUCUUAUUUGGUGCUGCUGUUCCCUGUGUUUGUGCUGACUGAUUAUCUUCGGUAUAAGCCCAUCAUCAUCUUACAAGGAAUUAGCUUUCUGAUUACCUGGUUGUUGCUUUUAUUUGCCCAAGGAUUAUUAGCCAUGCAAAUUGUGGAAUUUUUCUAUGGGUUGGUCACAGCCACGGAGGUAGCCUAUUACUCCUACAUUUACAGUGUGGUCAGUGUGGAACACUACCAGAAAGUAACAAGUUACUGUAGAAGUAUCACGCUAGUGGCCUACACUACCGCUUCUGUGCUGGGACAGCUCUUAGUCUCCCUAGCACACGUAUCUUACUUUUAUCUCAAUGUUAUAACCAUGGCUUCUCUGUCAUUGGCAUUUGUUUUCACACUUUUCUUGCCAAUGCCCCAGAAAAGCAUGUUCUUCCAUAAAAAGUUGGAAGGAGGAAGUCGUCAAGGGUCACUAGACAAAGAUGUCGCAGAACUAGAGAUGCCUGAUAAUGGAAACAGAUCAUUCAGCCAAGAAAACAGCAUCACUUCAGAAUCAUUGGCCAAAUCAGAAAGACAGCAACAAAGCCAGUCAACUGACCAUCAACAAAGAAACCUAGUGCUGAGAGUAUUUCUGCAAUGUUGCCAGGAUUUGAAGGAGUGCUACCUAACCAAACAUCUUCUUUUCUGGUCCAUUUGGUGGGCUUCUUCCACAGCCGGCUAUAACCAAGUAUUAAACUAUGUCCAGCUUCUAUGGGACUACAAGGCACCAUCUCAAACCUCUGGUGUUUACAAUGGAGCUGUAGAAGCUAUUUCAGCAUUUGGAGGUGCAGUGGCAGCCUUUGGGGUGGGAUAUGUGAAAAUCAAUUGGGAUCUUUUGGGAGAGUUGGCUUUAGGAAUCUUUUCAGCCAUAAAUGCUGGAUCACUAUUCCUCAUGCAUUUCACCACUAACAUCUGGGUGUGUUAUGCUGGCUUUUUGAUUUUCAAAUCAAGUUACAUGCUUCUCAUAACCAUCGCAGUAUUUCAGAUUGCAAUGAACCUCAACAUGGAGCGCUAUGCUUUAGUUUUUGGAGUCAAUACAUUCUUGUCCUUGGUAAUUCAGACCAUAAUGACAUUAAUUGUAGUUGAUUCCAAAGGUCUGAAUCUGCCCAUCAGCAUUCAGUUCCUAAUUUAUGGAAGCUACUUCUUAGUCAUCGCUGGAAUUUUCAUAGUGAGAAGCAUUUAUAUAAUCUAUUUCGCCAAAUGCAAAAAAAGGGAAAUGGAUAUUAUGGCCAAUCCAAACUCAAAUGAAGCAACACCAGAGGAACGUACCGAAUCAACACAGUUUUAGCUCUGCCCACAUCGGUUAAAGUCAGAUUUCCCUGACUUAUAUCGGGGAGGAGGACAGUCAUUGGGCCUUAGAGGGAAGUGAAAAGGGCUACUUCAAGAUACAGUGGGAUUCCCCAAGUUGGAAGUCUUCUUACAAAAGCUGCAUUACCAAUUGCUGGAUACAAGUUACAGGCUAAUGGGGGAGAUAAUAUACAACAACAACAGCAUAAAAAAAAAAGCUUAAAAAUAAGAGAAAAGGAAAAAGGAAGCUAUUCAGGGGCAUGAUGGAACAUGUUGGGAUGGAGAAAUCCAAAGGAGUGCAAGAGGGUGGGAAAGGAAGAAUUGGCUGGUCUAGGCAGAGGAGGAGUAGAAGAACAAUUAUGAUGACAAGUAAUGUCUUCUAAGCAGAAAGAAAGGGGUGAGGCAAAUUGUAGGAGAUAAACAAAAGAGAUGAAAUAAGGCUUGUUAAGAACUUAAACAGAGAGCUAACAGGAGUCUUUUUCGACCUCUUUACAAACUUGGUCCGCUAAAAAAGUCACUUUUGUCCAGUAAAUCCUUUAUUCUGAGAUCUCCUCAAAUGCCCCUCCAAGAUGGAGGGGGAGGAAUAGAUUAACUCACAGUAGUUAUACAUAAUACCAAAAUACAUGAGUCUCAUAAUGUUCUACUUGUCUGCUUUGUGAAUUGGAUUGGCCCUUAUCCAAUCCCGGUGAAAAUAGAUCAGUGUCUAUGUCUCCAUAGGCACUCUGGUUGCGGGACUUCACAGGGAAAGGGAAUCUGGGCUGUUCUAGUAUGAAAUGGGAUGUUUCAGCAAGAAAGAAGCUUCCCAUUAGCGCAAUUCUUAGAUCAGCAGAAUAACCACCUAUCUGUGAUGCUACAGAGCAGAUGCCUGUGUUGUUUAGAACUCAGACCAGGCAGCCUUAAAAGACCUUUCUACCUCAAGAUUCCAUAUUUCUCUUUCAUUAGAUGAUCUCUCAAAGCCCCUUUCAGAAUAUAAUUCAAUGAAAAAGAAACUGGUUACUGCAAAGGUGAGGAAAGGUAAAAAAAUAUUUAAUUCAGAUGCUUUUAAACUAAUAUGCUGAUUCACUUUUUCAAGAAAGGCCAUUGCCUCCUGAGAAUACUGUGAUACUUUGUCAUUUGGGUAAAUUAAAUCAAGGAUUAUGGAAAGGGUUAAGACAAAGAACAGAAAAAGGAACAAUUUCUUUAGUGAAAGCUAGCAAUUUCUUAUCGAACCCUCUCCUGUUUCUGUGUGUAUGCAUAAGUCAUUUCAUACUCUUGGAAUGCUUUCUUUCCUUAAAUCUCUCCUCCUUCAAAGCCUAGUU